AUGGACCCCGGAAAAAUCCCGCUUUCCCACACCUUAUGGUCGCCGCACGACACCGUCAAGGACGCGGCGGAGCAUUUGGGCAUCACGCUCCCCGAAGAUGCCGCCAAGAACUUGGCCAUGGACGUGGAGUACCGCAUCCACGAGAUCUUGGAGUGCGCCAACAAAUUCAUGCGCCACCUGAAGCGCCGCUUGUUGACCACCGGCGACAUCAGCCACGCGCUCAAGGUGUUGAACAUCGAGCCGCUUUUGGGCUACGACACCGCCCAGCCGCCGGUGUUCCGCGAGGCGCUUUUCGGCGCGGGCGGCCAGACGCUCUACUACCUCGACGAAAACGAGCUUGAGUUCGAGAAGUUGAUCAACCAGGAGCUCCCGAAGGUGCCGCGCCAGUCCACGUACACGGCGCACUGGUUGGCCAUUGAAGGCGUGCAGCCGACGAUCCCGCAGAACCCGCUUGCGCUGGAGAUCAAGAGCUUGCCGCCCAUCUCGCGCGGGGCCAUUUCGCUGGUGCUCAGCCGCGACUUGCUCCAUCUCUCGGGCGGCGCGGAGCCGGGCCCGGGCGCCGCCAGCGCCGACGAGCAGAAGGACGGCCGCCUGAAGAAGAAGCCGGACAAGGACACGGACGUCAAGCCCUUGGUCAAGCACGUGCUCCUGAAGGAGUUGAAGCUCUACUUCGACAAGGUGGUGGAGGUGCUCGUGCUGCCGGACCCGGAGAAGGACAGCUUGCGCGAGGCCGCGUUGAGCUCACUCCGCACGGACCCCGGCUUGCACCAGCUCGUGCCGUACUUCAUCCAGUUUGUCGCGGAGCAGAUCACCAACCAGCUCCGCAACCUCGACAUCCUCAUCACCAUGCUCGACGUGAUCUCCGCGCUCUACGACAACAAGACCAUCUUCUUGGCGCCCUACGUGCACCUGUUGAUGCCGUGCAUCUUGACGCUCCUCUUGGCCAAGCGCAUCGGGACGCCGGCCAAGGAGCCCGUGGACGCGGCCGCGGCCGCAGAGUUGUUGCGCGGCCAGUUUGCGGUGCGCGAGUUUGCGUCUUUGCUUCUCGAGCACGUCAUCACCUCCUACGGCAGCUCCUACUCCACGCUCAAGCCGCGCGUGACACGCACGUUGCUCCGCGCGUUCUUGGACCUGAGCAAGCCCGUGGGCACGCACUACGGCGCGCUCCUCGGCUUGGACAAAUUGGGGCCGGAGGUCAUCAAGCUCGUCUUGGUGGCCAACUUGAAGGUGUGGUACCGCCUGGUACUCCUCGAGGGCGACCGCACCGACGCAGAGCGCGCGUUGCUCACGGACAAGAUUGUGGCGGCGCUCCGCAAGUUGCUGGUGGCGGCACCGGCUGAUGCCAUGGCCGUGGACACACCCGUGCCGCCGGAGCUUGCGGAGAAGCUUGCUGGCCGCAUCGGCGAGCCUUUGGCGGCCGUGGUGUUGGCUGCCGCCGACGGGCCGCUGAUUGUGCAGGGCAUUUUCUUUGGCGAGGCCUGA